AGAAUUUGGGGAGCACCACUAUGUUCUUGCUUAAAGUCCCACGCUACUCCCUACUAAACUGCGAACAACGACGCAAAAAAAUGCUCAGGUCCUUCGCCAAAAGUUCCCUCCACCUCUAUCUCCACCAAAACCCAAACCAAAACCCAAAAACCCUCCACCUCCUCCUCCACCUCCGCCACCUCACCACCCUCAAUGCCUUCCCUCCCCAAAAACCCGCCGUGGCCCCCACCAAAGACGACUACUUCUCCGCCAUUCACCACAUCACCAACAUCGUCCGCCGCGACCACUUCAUGGAGCGCACCCUCAACAAGCUCCGCAUCUCCGUCGACUCCGACCUCGUCUUCCGCGUCCUCCGCGCCUGCUCCGCCUCCUCCACCGAGUCCCUCCGCUUCUUCAAUUGGGCCCGCACCCACCACCCCACCUACCACCCCACCACCCUCGAAACCGAAGAGCUCGUCAAGACCCUCGCCCGCUCCAAAAAAUACGAGUCCAUGUGGAAAAUCCUCGACUCCAUGAAAACCCACCACGGUUUAACACUCUCCCAGGACACCCUUUGCUUCAUUAUCCAAGAGUACGGCAAGCACGGCCUGAUCGACCAGGCCGUUGAGCUCUUCAAUCGAGCUCCCAAGACCUUUAACUGCUUGCAGUCGGUGGAAGUUCACAACGCUCUGCUCUUCUCUCUCUGCCAGACUAAGCUCUUUCACGGCGCUUAUGCCUUGGUGAGGAGGCUGAUUCGGAAAGGGCUCGCUCCGAAUAAGAUGACGUAUUCCAUUUUGGUCAAUGCUUGGUGUUCUAAUGGGAAGAUGAAGGAGGCGCAGCUGUUCUUGGAGGAGAUGAGUGAGAAGGGGUUUAAUCCGCCGGUUCGAGGCCGUGAUCUGCUGGUUGAGGGGUUGCUCAAUGCUGGUUAUAUUGAGGCUGCCAAAGAUAUGGUAAGGAAAAUGGUGAAGGAAAACUGUGUGCCUGAUGUUUCUACUUUUAAUGCAUUGUUAGAAGCUAUUUGUACGUCUGGGGAGGUUGAGUUUUGCAUUGGUCUUUAUUGGGAGGCAACUGGAUUGGGGCUUUGUCCUGAUAUUAAUACUUAUAAAGUGUUGAUACCGGCGGUUUCGAAGGUUGGGAGGAUGGAUGAUGCAUUUAGGCUUUUGCAUAAUGCGAUUGAGGACGGGCAUAGGCCGUUUCCGGGCUUGUAUGCCCCUAUUGUUAAGGGGAUGUGUAGGAAUGGUCAGUUUGAUGAUGCAUUUUGUUUCUUUAGUGAGAUGAAGGUCAAGGGUCAUCCUCCGAAUCGGCCGGUAUAUACCAUGUUGAUAACUAUGGCUGGACGUGGAGGCCGGUUUGUUGAGGCUGCGAAUUACUUGAUGGAGAUGACUGAGUUGGGGUUGAUGCCGAUUUCACGGUGCUUUGAUUUGGUCACGGAUGGAUUGAAGAAUAGUGGGAAGCAUGAUCUGGCUAAGAGAAUUGAGCAAUUGGAAGUUUCUCUUAGGGGUACAUGAUGAUGCUUCAUUUGAGUAGUGGAAUGAUGAUGAGUUUUUGCUCUUCAAGGAUGACCAUUCCGUCUGCCAUUUUAGUUAAGAGACAAUGGUGGUUAAUCAAAGAAGAAAUGGUAUGGAUAGGAACCUACCGGAGUAUGGAAAGGAGGAGAGAAGAAAGAAUCAUCCAUUCAGCCGAUCAGGCCAAAAGGUUUGGGAAGACAGAGAGUUGAUUAAUAGAUCUGGUGGCAAAGAGCCGUAUGUAAAGUCAGUUUCUUUGUAUCAUCUUAACAAAUAAGUUAAUUUCUUUGAUAUCUAAUAAGAUGUGGAAUACAUAUAUUUUUUUGAAUUGGUUCUUACCGGUGGUCAAUGUAUGGAGUGGUAUGAAACUCAUUCUCACAAUUGUUCCAAAUCUUUUUCAAUGAAGCCUUGAAUCUAAGCUUAAGAGUUGAGAGUGAUCCAGUAUAAUCCUAGGCAAAUUAUAAUAUAAGUUACUCUAGUUGGCAUUCUUGGAUGGUCAUCCAUUGUUGCAGAAUAGCUCUACCCAAAUAAAUAUAGGAAAAAAGGUUCAUGUCCUCUGGUGCAUCUCAUUUAGUAAGUGCCCGGGUUCUAUAUCUCUGAGCCUCUGACUGAUAUGAUUCUUGGCAAGGUAUAAUUUAAGUUAUUUUGAGUUGGCACUGUUGGAUUAACCAGAAACUGUACUGGAUAUUUUUACUAUAUACUAAAGCUCCUGUACUGUUCCUAAGCACUGUUCAUAGCAGCAGUGGAAUGACGGUUUUGCCCCCGAAGUUCAUUAUGUAGCGAGAGAAAGGCUGAGUGUUUUGUAGUUUGUUCGGUAGACUUCCAUCGACUGUAGCUAUCCAGCUCUGAGAUACAGGCGUGGCCAUCAAGCUGUCCGAUAGAAGCGUGGCAUUAGAUGCGAGUAUCGACCGCAUCAAUCAGGAUCUGAGAUACGUAGGUUGGGCUGAAAACAAGUAGGAGAGGCUUCGGUUUGUACAGUUGGUGUCUUCAUAGCUGUAAUAGUCAUUGUUAUCAAAUCCUCGCUCCCAUAACAUUGCCAUCAUAUAAAUAUCCCAAUGCUGAUGAUGUUUAGAUCAAGCGUCCGCCUGUAAUGAAAUCACAGUCAACAAAGAAAAAUUGGCAUUAUGGAAUGCUAGGGAGGUUCAUAAUAGGCAGUUGCGAUACAAAGCUCCUAGAACUGCUGGAUUGUAAAAAUUGCUGAACUCUUGGACGUUGUAUGCUUAUGUAAGAAAUGCAGAUUAAUUCGCAAGUCCGAUGAGCUAACAUGGGGUUAGAAAUGUUUAAUUAUCGUUUGUGGUGGUGAGAAUUCCAGAAAUUGUCUCUGUUUGUUUAUUGUAGUCAAAGUUGGAAAGUUUAGAAUAUUGAAGUUCAUUUCUUGAUUAACUGAAUUGAAAUUAUUGUUUUUGAUGUAACUUGGUGGAAGCCUAUGAGAUGGCUGGACCCUUUGCUUUAUGGUCAGUUAGGAUAUUUUUGCUCAAGUUUGUGAUCACCUUUGAAUUAUGCUAUCAAUUGUUUUGAAUGGUAUCUUAUGGGAAAGUGAUAGUUCUUGCUCUUGAAGAAAAUGCUAGAGCUUCCCACAAUUUGGACACUCUUUGAACUACAGAGCCGUUUGAGAAAAAACCAAUUCAGAUGCCUGAUGAAAAAAGUUGAUGCAUUGAUGAAAGCCAUGGAGCGGAGUCUAUGAAAAUAAAGAAAGAAGCCGUAGCUAAAGAUAAAGAAGCUGCAACAGCUAAGGUGGAUGCUAAUAAAAAGAAGAGUUCAGAUAAACUCAUCUAAGAGGUUGUAAUUACUUUUCAACAGCCUCAAUACCAUUCUUUCCUUUUGUAUUUUGCUUCUGUAAUAACAUCCUUUCAAACAUUAAAAAUUUUCAAAUCUGA